CUAUCGCGAUAUCCGAGGCAGCUUACUUAUUACCCACAAUUCUUUCUUCUUUCUCUCUCCUCCUGCCGACCAAGAUGCCGAAGGGAAAGAAGGCCAAGGGGAAGAAGGUGGCCCCGGCCCCCGCCGUGGUCAAGAAGCAGGAGGCUAAGAAGGUAGUGAACCCGCUUUUCGAGAAGAGGCCGAAGAACUUCGGCAUCGGACAGGACAUCCAGCCCAAAAGGGACCUUACCCGCUUUGUAAAAUGGCCCCGCUACAUCCGGCUGCAGCGGCAAAGGGCUAUUCUCUAUAAGCGGCUGAAAGUGCCUCCUGCGAUAAACCAGUUCACCCAGGCCUUGGACCGCCAAACAGCCACCCAGCUGCUUAAGCUUGCCCACAAGUACAGACCUGAGACCAAGCAGGAAAAGAAGCAGAGGCUGUUGGCCCGGGCUGAGAAGAAGGCUGCUGGCAAAGGGGAUGUUCCCACAAAGAGACCACCUGUCCUUCGAGCAGGGGUCAAUACUGUCACCACCUUGGUGGAGAACAAGAAGGCUCAGCUGGUAGUGAUCGCACAUGAUGUGGAUCCCAUCGAGCUGGUUGUCUUCCUGCCUGCUCUGUGUCGCAAGAUGGGAGUCCCUUACUGCAUCAUCAAGGGGAAGGCUAGGCUGGGACGUCUGGUUCACAGGAAGACAUGCACCACUGUUGCCUUCACACAGGUUAACUCGGAAGACAAAGGAGCUCUGGCUAAGUUGGUGGAAGCUAUCAGAACCAACUACAAUGACAGAUAUGAUGAGAUCCGUCGCCACUGGGGAGGCAACGUCCUGGGUCCAAAAUCUGUGGCUCGCAUUGCCAAGCUGGAAAAGGCAAAGGCUAAAGAACUCGCCACUAAACUGGGAUAAAUGUAUGCUGUUGCAUUUCUGUACAUAAAAAUAAUAAAUUGUCCUUCAUCCAGUGUCUUGGGCUGAAGGCAAUAAACUUGUUUCAGGCAGUAGCAAGGGCAUGCCCUGUAGCGUGA